AUGGAUCCCAACCCUGGAACCUUUCCCCUCCUCUCUUACGUUAUGUCGCGCCUCCCUUCCCUCACUCCCAGACUCGCCGUCGCCGCCACCGCGACGACCUCCGAUUCCGACCAAUUCGACGUCGAGCAGCCGCGCACCCCAGAGAUUGUAGGCCAAAUGCCGCAUCUCGCUGACCCGGACCUCAUGGCCUCCAUGGGCCGGGCUGUCUCCCAGGUGGCCCAGGCCCGCUCGGUCCUCAACCUGAUCGGGGAACGGCCCACGCACGAGGAAGUCGACAGCGCUCGGGCCAGGCUAGCGGAGAUUGAGGCCCAGCUGUCCCGCGACCUGGAGGAGAUCGUGCUCCAGGCCCGCCCCGCGGAGAUGGAGAUCCACGGUUGGCGAGCCCACCAGGCAGAGAAGGAGAGGGAGUGCCGGGAGCGGGCGGAGACAGAGAAGCAAAUCUGGAAGUCGGUGCUGCAGCUGGACGAGAUGCACGAGGCCUACGAGAAGCUUCUUAAGGAGGCGGAGAGGCGGUUGGUGAAAAUGUACGAGUCCAAGGAAGAUGGUGAUGGUGAUGGUGUUAUCGACGAAGUGAACGAAGAGGUUGUGGGCAUUCUGCAAGAGGCUUAUGGCAAGGGAAUGGAACGCGUCAAUCUUUCUGGUCGUCAAUUGAAGCUCUUGCCUGAAGCAUUUGGUCGAAUUCCUGGCUUGCUCGUGCUUGAUCUUUCAAGCAAUCAACUCUCGGAAAUUCCGGAUGCAAUAGCUGGAUUGCAAAACCUUGAGGAGCUUAAUCUGUCUUCAAAUCUUUUGGAGUCUCUGCCAGAUUCGAUUGGGUUGUUACAAAAGUUGAAAUUGCUCAAUGUCUCUGGAAACAAGCUGACUGCGCUUCCUGAUCCCAUCUGUCACUGCAGGUAA